AUAUCUUUCGAGUUGGUUACUCUCCUCCUCUUCUUCCGUUUGACAAAACCACUUCAAAACUCCGCUGCAAUGCAAUGCAAAUGGCUGAUCUUCAUCCUCGCCCCUGCUUCUGUGUAGCCAUAUCUUGCUUUAUCGUCCCUCUUUUUUCACUCUCGUAGGGGAUUUAAUACUUUGCGGAAUCCUCCUUGCCUUGCUUCACUUGACCUUCAAACCAACUUUUAUCAAUAUGAAUUUUCAAGACCCCGACCCAAGCGAGAGCCAACCCGAAACCGACGGUUCGACAUCAGUCGCAUCUGAGAAAACUUCUCCGGCGGUCAGGGAUCCCGAACAAACACUGCAAACAGACACGACUGAGGAUGUUCCACCAGAUGGGGGUUAUGGUUGGGUGUGUGUUGCCAUUGUAUUUUUGAUUAAUGCGCACACGUGGGGAGUAAAUAGCGUAAGUCAACCGUAUAUGAAGGGCGUGUGGUUGAUUUUGAUAAAGUGAGGUUACGCUGAGAAGAUGGUACUGUGAAAUCGAAUUGGAGACUCUGUGGGGCAGAUUGUCUUCAAUUAUUGCGCGCUUGAAAAAAUUGGCUAAUCACUUUUACAGUCUUAUGGUGUAUUUCUUGCCCAUUAUCUAGAAGCAAAUACCUUUCCAGGUGCAACUCCUCUCCACUAUGCCUUUGUGGGUGGCCUUUCCAUUUCGAUGGCCUUCGUCCUUGCUCCUCUGGCAACAUUCACCACGCGAAAAUUUGGCACCAAGACGGCACUGUUCAUUGGGGUCACUUUCGAAACAAUUGGCUUAUUGGGUGCUUCUUGGGCAACUGAGAUAUGGCAUCUUUUUCUUACCCAAGGUCUUGCUUUCGGGUUCGGCUUAGGCUUCCUAUUCGUCUCAAGUGUUGGGAUCAUACCUCAAUGGUUCGUUGAGAAGCGCUCAUUCGCGAAUAGCAUUGGGGCUGCAGGAAGUGGUAUUGGUGGCCUGGUAUACUCACUUGUCGCAAAUGCCAUCAUUCAGUCUCUUGGAUUGGGGUGGGCUUUCCGGAUACUGGCUAUAGUAUCUUGUGCCGUCAAUGUCAUCUGCGUCAUUCUUAUUAAGGAUGUGAGUCGCCUUUUCCACCUUUCAAUCUCAUUUCCAUUACCCAUUGGGGUUUUGUCGUUUCACAACGCCAGCAUUUCCAGGGUGUUUCAGUGACACCUCGUCUAUCAUCUGGCCGUCUGUUGAUAGUAACUAAUUCUCAUGUAGCGCAACAAGCAUGUGGGUGCCAUUCAAAUCCCAUUUGAUAUCACCCUUCUUAAGCGACCUCAAUUUCUACUUGUCCUCGCAUGGGGGUUCUUUAGCAUGCUUGGUUAUAUUGCUCUUUUAUUCUCUCUGCCCAGUUAUGCAAGAAGCGUUGGUUUAUCAGCGAAGCAGGGCUCUAUCCUUGGGGCCGUCUUGAAUCUUGGCCAAGGUAAUUUAUUCCACUGCCGGUUACAUACAAUCAUACUGUAAUGCUAACAAACCUUCCAGGUAUUGGCCGUCCAACCGUCGGGUACUUUAGUGAUGCCUUCGGCAGAAUCAACAUGGCAGGAACCUGUACCUUCCUUGCCGGACUCUUCUGCUUCGUCAUUGUAAGCUUCUCACCUAGACUCUCCUUCUUUGCAGACCUAACAUCCUCCAGUGGAUCUUCGCAAAAGAAUUCGGAGUCCUCGUCUUUUUCGCUCUGAUCGUCGGAACUAUGUCCGGAACGUAAGUCCAUCCCUUCAAUCCCCCAUCUACUAUAAUCUCACAACCUCCAGUUUCUGGGCUACAAUUGGCCCCGUUGGCGCGGAAGUAGUAGGUCUUCAAAUCCUCCCCUCGGCACUAUCAUUAGUUUGGCUGGCCCUCGUACUCCCUUGUACAUUCGCCGAGCCCAUUGCUCUCCAGUUACGCCGAACAUCUGGCAACAUCUACCUAGAUGCUCAGAUAUUCACCGCUUGCAUGUACGUAGCUGCCGCUCUCUGCAUGUGGAUCCUCCGCGCAUCAAUGGUGCGAGAAAGACAGAAGAAGAUGGUGGAGAAAGUAGGAAGGGGAAGUACAGAGAGUGGUGUUCUUGGUCCUGGGACGGAAAGAGGGGAGUCUGGGGCGGCAUUGGAGAGGGUGAAGACGGUGGAGAAGGUAAAGGGGUUAUGGAGUUGGGAGAGUAUUUGAUCUGGUCUGAUUUUAUUUUAUUUGAUGAUAUCAAGCGUUCGGCGCGAGAAUUUGUGUGGUGAGAUGGAUGAAAAUUAAUGAGUAAGUGGAGAUUAGGGAUGCACUUUAUUAUAGAUACCCGGGUCUCGUUUUAGUAGGCUGUUUAGAUGGGA